UCAGAAAGCCAGUCAGAAAGCCAGUCAUGCUCAAAGCAAAGCAGUCAGAACCCACUUAUAAUCAGAACAGAGACCAACACGAUCGCAUUUGACGACCAGCUCCCACCACCAUAUCAACAUGGAUUGCGGAAUUAUUACAUCCAAAACAGUCCUUUUGCUUCUAAGUUUAAUAUUUUGGGCUGCGGGGGGUGCCCUUGCCUAUGUAGGCUCUUAUGUGAUCAAGAGCUACAACAACUUUGACAACUUCCUGGAGGAUAAGUACACGCUGAUCCCUGCAGCCAUCAUCAUAGCUGUGGGAGUGGUGAUGUUCGUCAUCGGGACUGUGGGCUGCUGCGCCACCCUGAGAGAAUCCAAAGUGGGCCUUAGCUUUUUCCUGCUGCUCAUCCUGGCUAUCUUUGCAGCAGAGGUCGCUGCUCUAGUGUUUGGGUUCAUCUACCAAAGCAGGAUAAAAGGGGACUUGGAGCGGUCAAUGAGUGAUGUGUUCAUGAAGUAUGAUGGUGAGAACUCUGACACCCGGGCUGUGGAUUACUUGCAGUCUCAGUUGCAGUGUUGUGGAGUGCAGACCUACCUGAACUGGACCACCACCCCCUGGUUCAGCAGCAGGAACAACACUGUGCCCAUCUCCUGUUGUAAAGGGAACAACACUGAGUGUACAGGCAGACUGGACCAGCUAGACCUGCUCAAUACCCGGGGUUGUGAGGGUAAGCUGGAACAGCUCCUUCAGGAUGUGAUGAGUUAUGCCAUGCUGGUCAUCCUUGGAUUUGCCAUCAUCAAGUUUUUCGGGAUGCUCAGUGUGUGCGUGAUCACAUGUAAAAGUGGCAGGCGAAGUGGCUACCAGCUCCUGCAUGCCUGAUCCUGCCUGAUCCUGCUGGCUUUAAGGAUACUUCCAAGGCUUGUCAUGCAAUAUCUCCUGGCCCCUGACUUCUCUCCCCUUUCCAGCACUGAGACCAUAGAGCCUUAGGACUUAUGUUCCCCACUCCAAGAUUUUAGGAUCCUUUCAGGAACAUUCUUACAGUUUUCAUUCAGCUUUCCUCUGCAGUUGUCAGCCCACCAAACUUUGGGCAAACCACUGCUAACAUUUGAAGCAUUGGAAACCACAAGAUGGCAUUUUUUAAAAGAUAGUUGCAAAUAGGAAUUACCACUCAAACUUUUAAACAAUGAAAUUGGUUUUGUAAUUUCCUACUGUACAAACUGAAAAAACAAGAAAGGGUUUUCACAGUGAUAUAUCAGUAUAUGGGGUACACUCCAUUUAAAGAGGCAAUCUGGGACUCAAACAACAACAAAGUGGCUAACCCUGCAAUUAUUUAGGUAAACAGCUGAUGGAUGGUGCUGGAGAAAUGUAACCAUUCUCAAAUUCAUAGACAGAUCUAUGGAUGCAAGGACAUACCAUCCAUUAGAUCAAAAUUAAAGUUGUAGUCUUUUUUUUU